AUGUGUUUUCUGACCAAGCAUCCAGCUCUUGGGGUGGUAUGUUCUGCUUUCAUAUUCAGCGUGCUCAUUGCUGAAGGACAGCCUGGGGAAAAGCAUGGGCAGGAUGGCAGCUAUGCUCCCAGCCGAGGCUAUCUGAUGGAAGUUUUACGCGUUCUUUCAGCUGACAACACUGAGCUCCACAUGAACCACUCACGAGAACUGGUCAAAAUGUUACUGGAGAAAGCUGAGUGCCCACAGCGGAUUUAUGGCAUGCAAGAGGAUUGUAACCUGUGCCUUGAACCAGACACUUUGUUACUAAUAGCUGGUGGAGAUUCAGAAGACCAUCUCAGCGAAGAAGUAUUUGAGAGAAUUUCUCUUAUUCUUCUCUACUACAUUCUUCAUCACAGAGAUGCAUGUUCUUCAGAACUCAGCUUGAAUAAUAAGAAUUAUAAAUUUUACCUACAGAGUAUGCUUAGUUUAAGACACGAUGAAGACUGUUAUUAUUUUUCGCGGAAUGAAACUGAAGAUAUUUUGGCUGCAGUAAGGCAACAUUUUAAAACUUCUGAAACCCAGUGUGUUGAUGUGAGUACUCUGGAGAAAAAUGCUGAUAUAACGGACAGAGAUGGUGCUGAUGAAAACACUCUUCCACGCCUGGCUGCUUUAAUCAUUACUCUGGCUCUCCAAGGAGUCUGUAUGGGGAAAGCGAGUUUGCCCUCCCCAGAAUUUUUUAUAAAAUAUAUUUUCAAUUCUCUAAACAGUACCACUGAGCUCCAAGUCACAGAACUAGAACAACUACUAAAGGUGCUUACAGCCAGAAGGACCUGCACUGUAAAUGGACAAUUCCACAGUCACAAAAGACGUUAUAGUAUGGCAGUCAGAGAUAUUGGAAACAGAAAUAUUCCGGUCAGAGGAAACCAUACAAAAGGAGACUAUCUGAAAAGUUAUACUGAGGAUCAUGAAAGGAACACAGACUGGGACCAGGUUUGUUUCUCUGCCAAUGAACUUGUGAGGAUAUUUUUUGAAAAUAGCUCUUCCUCCAUUUCUAAGGACCACUUCAAGCAAAUCAGUCCAGCUAUCAUUCAGCAACUAUUAAGUUGUUCAUGUCAGCUCCCUGGCUCCAAGCAGACAAAGCUUCCACCAACAACUUUGGAAAAUGGGGCAUCAAAGGAUGAAGAAAGAAAGGAACUUACUCAGGUGCCCUUGAUUGGAUCUAUGUUUGGUACAACCCUCAUUUUAUUUAACUCCUGUCAAGAAAUCUAUACACUCAUUUUACAGCUGUUUGUCGGUUUGGCUGUUGGGACCCUUUCUGGAGAUGCAUUGUUACACCUUAUUCCUCAGACUCUUGGGUUACAUAAACAUGAUGCACAAGAGGUAGAACAUUUCUAUGAAGGGAAAGAAUACAUUUGGAAGCUUUUGGGAAUAAUUGGAGGAAUUCAUGGAUUUUUUCUGAUAGAAAAGUGUUUCUUUCUUUUGGUAACACCCCGUGACCAGCAGGGCCUUUCUUUAGUUAAUGGGCACUGGGGACAUUCCCAUGAUCUUCCAGUGGAAUCUGAAUUAAAUGAACAUUCAGGCAGAGGCAAAUCUACUUCAACCAUACAGUUGAGAAGCCCAGAAGAUUCUGAGUCUGCUGAAGUUCCUCCAGAGAGUAAGGCGAUCAGCAAACAAAGUAAGAAAAUUAGCUUGUUAGCAAUAAUGGUUCUGGUGGGUGACAGUCUUCACAAUUUUGCUGAUGGCUUGGUAAUAGGAGCAGCAUUCUCCUCCUCAACAGAAACAGGUGUGACAACGACUAUUGCUAUUUUAUGCCAUGAAAUUCCUCAUGAAAUGGGAGAUUUUGCUGUGCUGCUAAGUACAGGGCUCCCCACGAAGAUUGCGAUUUUGAUGAAUUUUAUAAGUGCACUAACAGCGUUCUUAGGACUUUAUAUUGGCCUUUCUGUAUCAACUGACCCGUGCAUUCAAAACUGGAUUUUUACUGUUACAGCUGGAAUGUUCUUGUAUUUAUCUUUAGCAGAAAUGCUUCCUGAAAUGACUCAUAUUCAGACACGGCGACCCUGGUUGAUGUUUCUCCUACAGAACGUUGGAUUACUAUUAGGCUGGCUUUGCCUCUUACUUUUGGCUAUAUAUGAACAGAAGAUUAAAAUAUAA